AUGUUGGUGUGCGACGUAGUAUUCGCUCCACCUACUUCCGCCCGCCAGGCUAAGAACUGUUUUUCACGCCUCCUUAUACAGAUGGCGGCAAACGGGCAGCCAGAGAAGCAGGAUGGAGGCGAAGGAGAGGAGCCAGUGUUGUCCUUGUUGGAUGUGCUGGAAGAGGACGAUGCGUUAGAAGACGAGGCAUGCGCCGUGUUGGGCGCCUGCGAUGCUGAAAAAUGCUCCUAUCCUGAGGGUUAUGUAAGGCGGCAAGCUUUGUACGCAUGUAAUACCUGCACUCCCAAUAAAGAAGACCCUGCUGGAAUCUGCUUGGCGUGUUCAUACAAAUGUCACGAGGGACAUGACUUGUUUGAGCUCUAUACAAAAAGGAAUUUUCAGUGUGACUGCGGGAAUGCAAAGUUUAAACAGCUGGAGUGCAAGUUGUUCCCUGAGAAAGAGAAUUGUAAUUCCCAUAAUAAAUACAACCAUAACUUCUUUGGUGUGUACUGCACAUGCAAGAGGCCAUAUCCUGAUCCAGAAGACGAGGUCCCAGAUGAAAUGAUCCAGUGUAUAGUCUGUGAGGACUGGUUCCAUGGAAGGCACCUUGGUGCAGUUCCACCUGAGCAUAUGGACUUUCAGGAGAUGGUGUGCCAGAUCUGCAUGGACCGCUGUUCCUUUCUUUGGGCCUAUGCUGCUCACAUAGCAAUUCCUCCUGUUACAAAGAUUACAUCUGCUGAGAUGGAUCCUGAAAGCGAGGAUAUCAAGGUCGAUGAUAGUCUGGCUGAAGGUAUCCUAGGUGAGGAUGGGCCAAAUAUUAAAACGGAGGAACAGAAAGAAGAAAUCACAACUCCGGGAAUAAAAGAAGAGGACAAGCCAAAUGGAGCAUCCACUAGUGCAGAGAGUGAACAGAAAUGUGGAGAUGAUUCCCACCUGCUGAAAGCAGAAGCCAACCCUCAGAGUGUAUGUAAACUAAAAGAAAUGAAAAUGCAUCCAAUAUCUAAAGCUAACACUGCGACAUACUGGCCGAGCAACUGGCGCAGCAAAUUGUGCACAUGUGAUGACUGCAAGGAGAUGUACACAAAGCUAGAGGUUCUGUUCCUGUUGGAUGAAAAUGACACCGUUCAAGCUUAUGAAAAUAAAGGCAAAACUCAGCAGGCAACAGAGAGGAGAGACCCAUUAAUGACCGCUCUCAGCAGUAUGAAUCGGGUGCAGCAGGUGGAGCUAAUCUGCGAAUACAAUGAUUUGAAGACUGAGCUGACGGAUUACUUAAAAAGAUUUGCAGAGGAAGGAAAGGUUGUGAAAACAGAAGAUAUUCAGCAAUUUUUUGAAGAACUGCGCUCUCGAAAAAGGCGGCGCCUGGAUGGAAUGCAGUACUAUUGCAGCUAAACUUGCAGCUACUGUUCAAAAAUUGGGAAUGCAAAUGUUUUCAUAUCAAUAUGCACGAGCCCAAACUUCUCUAUCCUGUGUUGUGUUUUACAUUCAGCUAGCUGAGCUGUUUGGUUAGUGAGCAACGUAUUGGAACACCUUAUGUUUGUGUCCCAUCAUUACACCAGGGCCUUUGAAGAGUCGUAGAUAAAAUGAUCCUUCUGCUUUCACUAUACAAACUGUAAUGCGUCUGAUUUUUAGAAAAGCAAUGUCAUAUGUAAGCAUCUCUUCCUGAGAACAGCUGUUGUCUUGUGAGAUAUGGUUGCCAUCCUGCUUAUGAAUUUUCCCUAGAAGAAAUAUUUUCAGCAUGGAACAGACCUGGCUGUAUCUGUUGCUUAAAUGCCAUUUUAAACUGAUCAGGACCACAUAGUUCAGAACAGCUGGAGCCAACGCCCCCAUAUGUUUACAUUACAGUUUUAGACAUCAUGGUAGGAGAAAUGAAAGCUUUGUCUCAAUCAUAAGCAACUGUUAAUUCAAAUUAUAAAUUAUAUACAGGCAACACUAUUAAAUUGUUAGUGGUGAAACCUCUGGCACAACUUGUGUUUAAAGACGACAUUUACUCUUUUUACAAAUUAAACCAACAUUUCAUUUAAUUCUCCAUUAACUAUGGUUUGGUUAAGCAUAAUGUUCCUGGUCUGCAUGUAUUAGUUAGUAAACGAUUAACAUUAGAGGCACUGUUCUAUUCCUGUUCAUUGUGCUCAAUAUAGUCUGUUCCUAAGUGCACUAAAUAAUUAGAAUAACUCAGGUAAUCAGGUCAGAGAGUUGUGUAUAUAGUUAUAUAUACACAUUAGAAUUGAAUGCUGCCUUUGUAGGAUGUAUGCAAACAGGGAUCCUUUAAGAUUGGUCCCUGUGUAGAGAUAAACUGCUUUAUUAACUUUGUUUGCAUCAUCUGAUGAGUGCUCCAUUCAUCUAAUGACGUAGCAAUUGCUAGUUAGUGGUAACAGCAGAGCAUUGUUCUAGCUGCAGUGUGCACUAUGGCUCCCAAGCUUAUAUAUUUAAACAAACCCCUAUAUGUAAUAAAAGGUACUAAUUACUAACGCAUAGCACCCAAUGAUAUUUUGUUUAAAGGAGGUGGGCAGUAAAAACUCUCCUUUUACUAUAGCAAAAAAAAAAAAUUACUUAACCCCAAAAGACCUGAGGUUGAAAAGCUGAUUUCCAAGCAUUUUGCUGUGCAACAGGGGUGUAUGUACUAUUUUAACCUGAUUAUAUUGUCUGCUUUAACAGUUUCAAAAUUCCACUGGCAAAAACUAGGGGUUACCUCUGUCAUUUAUACAUCUGUUUCUAAUGCUUUUAUAUAAUAAUUGGCUUGUUCUUAGGGAAUUUAUUAAUAUAGCUUUCUAAGAUGGUCUUCCAAGAUCUGUUACAGGCACAGCAUGCCCAAGAUCGCCAUAGACCUUGCGGUAUGACAUCACUGCUUUGUAAUACACCAGCCCCCUACUAUGUAAAGUAGUUGAUGAUUGGCCCGUAGCAUUUAAAAACCUUGACAACAAUGUACUACAUCACUUUUUGCAGCUACAUUUAUUUGCCUUGUUACGUCUGUUGGAUUAACCUAAAAACUGCACAAAGUGAGACUGCUGAUCUGCCAUAGAGUAAUAAUUUAAUUUCCAUAGCUAAUGUGUGUGUUACUAUACAGCAUAUUAGGGGUAGGGUGCUUCUUGCCCCUCUCUUGCAUGAUUACAAAGCCUAGCACCCUCCAUCAGGUGAGCUGUAAUGAAGAUGCAUGGAGCCACAACAUCUGAAGUGCCAGCUGUUCUUUAUCCUUUUGUAUCCAUCUUUUUGCCCCUUCUUAAUUGUUAACUCAAACAGCAGUGCCUUCAUGUUAUGAAGGAGUUGUCCAUUUUAUACUGAUUAUUGCACUAUUGUUCUUUAUUAUAUCCAUUACUUCCAAGCAAACUGAGCUUGCUUGUCUUUUUUUUUAAAAUAAUUAUAGAAUUUACUUUUGAGCUCUCUCUCUUCAUUGUGACCUUUUAACAAUAAAGAGCAUAAAUAGGAACUUCAUUCAAUGAAAUGUUGCAUGGAGGUUUUAAGCUCCACUACUAAUUCAGGAUCCAAGUGCUAGGAUUUCUAGAAAGCUAAAACCCUGUAUUGCUAGCAAUGUUUUAUCUCAAGGAUUAAAGUGAAUUCUGGUUUGUG